CUCAGUUGAAUACCGAUAAACAGUUGAUGGUUGUAGACAUUUGUGUCGUUUGUGAUUUUAUUCAAUUUUUAAUCGUAUUUUGUGAAAAAAAUAUCAUCUAAAGUUAAAGGUGUCAUGGUCAACACACGUCGCAUGGAGUCAGUUGGCUUGACAACACACAAUACCAGACACCACCGAACAAGGGGGUCAGUUAAGGUAGAAGAGGGAGAGGAAGAAGAAGAGGUAAGCGCCUCUGAAUCAUCUAGCGUGAAUGAUAGCGAUAGCGAUGACUCCAAUGUCGAUCCAGACGCCUCUUGGAACAACAGUAUCGGUAAUGAAUUAAAAUCAUCCCCCAAGGACGACGUUAAAAAGAAAGGAUCGUCAUCGGUGCCGUUGCCUGCUCCUUCCCAGCAUAGUCGGUUCCGUGACCUCAAAUAUUCCUCUCGUUCUCUGCGCAGUCGUGAUAAGCUCGGCUCUGUACUGAAUAAGCGCAGACGCGGCCUCAGCGUCUACAGCACCAGAAACAUGCACGAUUCAGAUUUCGAAAACGGCGACGACUCUGACGAUGAUGUGUACUCGCGACGACGCAGUCGCAAAUCUAAACAGCGUGCCCACAUGUCCCGUAUGGAACGACGUACCGCCCUUUCUCUGAGGCCAAUUAGCCAAAAAUGCUACACGGAAGUAAUUAAUGGGUCUCCAAUACACUACUCUGAUAGUGAAGGUCGUAGAGGCGGAGUAAGGCGUAGCAAACGCAAACAGGUUCAGUUUAACAACUCAUCCUGGUUAACAGAUGAUCAAAUGCCUAAAGUGGGUUAUCCAACUCUUGGCGUUGGUUAUUCCGAAGAAGACAGUCGCGAUGGACCAGAGGCACAAUGGCAAUCCUCUGGUGCAAACAGGCGUAGUACCAGACAUACCAAUAGGCGCGAAAUCAAAAACCCCAAAUACCUGUACGAUUAUCAGACUAAUCAGACUUCUGGAAGACGUCACCGUGUGGAAAACAGAGAACUUAAAAGUAUCAUUAAUGACAAAGAUAAUAGGGAAAGAAAUUUGUUAAAUGGAACACGCAAUGGAAAACAAGUGACGGCGGAAAAGCCAGCUAAUACGGAAGGUGAACCCGAAAGAUCAGAGGCAAAUGACUCUAAAAAUUUGGAUGAAAACACAGAAAAUGUUGAACCACUUCCCGAACCAAAACCACAACAGCCAUCGUCGGAAAGUGAGGAUGAAGUAAUACCCAAGAGUCGUCCCAGAAAUAGAUCAAAUAGGAUGAUAGUAGAUGAACAGUUUUCGCCAAUACGUACGAGAAAAAAGAAAAUGAUAGAUUCCUCAAGUGAAUCUGAAGGGGAGGAAAAGAAGUAUUCUUUACGAAACAGGGUUCCAAAACCGGAUCCGAAAACUAUUCAAAACUCUGUAUUGAGGUCAAGGACCAGGAGGCACUUCACGCGAAGACGAAAAAUGUCCGGUUCAAGUUCCAGUUCCUCUUCAUCUUCCACUGAUGUGCGUCACAGCAAACCUCCAAAGAGUCCUCACUCAAAGACGAAGGCAGGUUCAUUCUUGAAUAUUGUCCCGAUUGCUCCCGAAAUUUUGGACAAUAAUAUCAGAUUUAGUAGUAUUGGGGGGCUGGAAACCCACAUUCAGUGCUUAAAGGAGAUGAUUUUGAUGCCUAUGAUGUAUCCGGAAGUAUUCAGCCAGUUUCAGAUACAACCUCCUAAAGGUGUUCUAUUCCAUGGACCUCCAGGUACGGGAAAAACUUUAAUAGCCAGAGCAUUGGCCAACGAAUGUAACAGUGGAAAGAAGAAGAUGGCCUUUUUCGUACGAAAGGGAGCUGACCUACUCAGCAAAUGGGUCGGAGAAUCAGAAAAACAAUUAAUGAUGCUCUUUCAACAAGCCGCUGAUCUAAAACCAUCUAUAAUAUUCUUUGACGAGUUGGAUGGUUUGGCACCGGUUAGGUCUUCCAGGCAGGAUCAACAUCACGCAAGUAUCGUCUCGACAUUAUUGGCUUUAAUGGACGGUUUGGAUAGCAGAGGUGAAGUCAUUGUGAUUGGAGCGACUAAUCGAAUCGACGCCAUCGAUCCCGCCUUAAGACGUCCAGGUAGAUUUGACAGGGAAUUGGUCUUCUCACUACCAUCUAAAGAAGAAAGAGAAGAAAUUUUAAAAGUACAUGUCUCGAAGUGGGCCACCCCUCCGAGUCCCCAAAUGCUGUCUUAUCUGGCUGAACAGUCGGUAGGGUACUGUGGCGCCGAUCUGCGCGCUCUUUGUGCCGAAGCCGUCAUUCAGAGCUUCCGACGUACUUAUCCGCAAGUUUACGGGUCUGAGCAUAAACUUAUGCUUAAUCCUGAUGCUGUUAAAAUAGAGAAGCUCGAUUUUCUGCGUGCAAAAUCCGUUCUAGUACCUGCGUCACAUCGGCAAAAGCAAACACUUGGUAAGCGAUUGUCCCCAGUGCUGCAACCAUUACUGCAAGCACCAUUGAUGAAGGCGUUAAAGAUAUUGGCAAAGUCUUUUCCACAUGGUUCUAAUACCGCCUUAGCGAAAGUGAAACUAUCUCCAAACGUUCUACCAGCACAGUUUCUUAUCACUGGAAAUGGUGCAAAUCAUGGCCAAACACGUCAUUUAGCUCCUGCUAUUCUGUAUGAAAUGGAACAUAUUCGGUCAUAUCUCAUGGAUUUAUCAACAUUACAUCAGGAAACAGGAAGGUCUGCCGAAGAAACUUGUAUUCAGAUUUUUAAUGAGGCUAGAAGAAAUAUACCUAGUAUUAUCUAUCUGCCAAUCAUCAAUCAGUGGUGGGAACUAGUUUCCGAUAGUGUAAAGGCAAUAUUGCGGAUGCAACUUACUGGAUUGGAAGCUAACAUUCCUCUUCUAUUUAUGGCAACUUCUGAAUUACCGUAUGAACAUUUACCUGAUGAAAUACAAGACAUAUUUUCGGUGUAUCGUGAAGAAGUAUUUCAUUUGGAACCUCCUAGCUUGGCCGAAAGAACCGCAUUUUUCAAACCGCUCAUCCAAGAAGCGAUGCGACCUCCGCGUACUUACAGGCCGCGUCCGAAAACGCCACCGCCGCUUCCAAGGGCCCCAACACCGCCACCUCCGCCUCUCACCGAAGAACAAGCUAAGAAAUUGUACGAAACCGAAGAGCACACUCUGCGUGAACUUCGUAUUUUUCUUAGAGAUAUUUGUAAAAAAUUGGCCAACAAUAGACUGUUUUUCAUGUUUACAAAGCCAGUUGAUACAGAACAAGUAUCAGAUUAUACCACAAUUAUUAAGAAGCCAAUGGAUUUGGAAACAAUGAUGAACAAGGUUGAUUUCCAUCGGUAUGAAUGUGCAAAAGACUUUUUGGAUGAUAUUGAAUUGAUAGUUCAGAAUGCAUUAGAAUAUAACCCCGCCAGGACUUCAGCAGACAAGCAAAUUCGUCACAGAGCUUGCUCACUGAGGGACUACGCCUACACUUUAAUAAAGAGUGAAAUGGAUACAGACUUUGAAGAAAAAUGUAGAGGAAUCUCGAAAAAGCGUAGAGAAAGAAAAGCCAGCACUCAAAAGUACCUACCCGCAUACCUGAAUACCAUAGGAGUUAAUCUAAGUGAAACGCCACCUCAACCACCACAGGAAGAGCAAGUGGAAACGAAAAAAGAAGAAGAAGAAGUGGCAACAGCCACUGAAUCCUCAAGUCCACAGAACAAAAUGAAUCUUCCUAGGAAACGAAAGUACUCGUGGCAGAAAGGUUGUUUGACUCGACGUAAGAGAUAUAAACAUAACACAACUCAAGAGGAUACAAUUGAAAAAGCAUCCACUGGCGAUGAAUCCAAGGAAAAUAAUCCACAAUUAGAACAAAGUAAUUCAAAUGUGAGCUUGAAACCAGUGGAAGAUGAGACUGCUACAACUCCACUUACCAUUAACUGUGAUACUCAAGCUCCUAAACAAGAUGUAGCUAAUUCAUUACAAUCACCUAAACGAAGGUUGAGUGACAUCUUAAGUCCUUCAGAAUUAUUAGACAGUCCAUUAGAUUUUGAUGAUAUAGAUCAGGUUCUUAAUGAAAGUGUCGAUGGAGACACCGAUAAACCAAAGAAAUGCGUGGAAUGUUCGUCGACAGAAUUGGAAAAAGUUUUGGAAGAAAUGGUUCAAUCGACUAUGAACUAUUCCCUUAAAGCUUUGUUCGAUUUAUAUAAUAAUGUAAACAUGAUCAUAAAGAAAUAUUCCAGAACUUACGAAAGAAAUUCUUUGCCAGUGGAAAUAAAACAAGAACUGGAAAAAUUCAUAAAAUCCACCGCGGCGGAUUUAUAUGAAUUAUCAGAUUCGUAAAACAAUUCCUAUUAACAUUACACUGCCCCAUA